AUGUCCAACGUCGACGUUGAUCUGGGAGACCUCUUGGCCAAGGUACUCCCCACCGAUGUGAAGCUCACCAUUCGCCAUGUCUCGUCAGUGCCAACUCGCUGUGUAGCGCUCUUUGCGCCACCCCCGGGCGAGGAGCCCGAGUCCACCUUCUGCGAGAACCACUUCCUGUCCGUCUCCAUCGCCGCCGACGCCAAUGCUGACCAGAACGCGGCCUCCGCGUCGGCAUCGGAGCUCAUCGUCUUCGGCAUCGAGGUCCUAGUCUACAGCACCGCGCACCUCACGACCAUCUUCGUCUCCAAGGCUGACUCGACGGGCCACCUGCACCUUCUCCGGAACGCACCCAAGAUCUCGCUCCUGCGCCGCGUCUCGAACACCUUCCUCUCCUUCCUUGUACAGACCCGCCAGCGCCCGGGCGUCCGCCUCGUCGUGUCACUGUUCGCCCGGGCCCAGAACCAAUACCUCUUCCCCGGGAGCAUCGAGAACGCUGAGAAACACGUGCUCGAUGACCGCGGGCUGAUCAAAUGGUGGUGUCGCGUCGUGGACCCCAUCCUGCGCGAAUACGAGCCCGAGUCGCGCUCCCACGAGAAGGGCCUCCUCGACCGCACCAUGGAAUCCUCGCGCAGCUCGGCCACCGCGUUCCUGAUCGUACCGAGUUGCGACCGCUUCGAGACCCGCAGCUUUUUCCCGCCCAGCGCGAAGACCGACGACGCGGACCGUCCGCGCUGGCUGAACAGCUACCCGCUCCGUCAGCUGUGCGAUAACCCCCAGGCGCCGCCGCGCUGCUUGAUCCCGCGCUUUCCUGAUGACCCGAAGACGCGGUUCUUGGUGGACUUGGAUGACGAGCUUCCCGGGAACAAGGAACGAGAGGCCACCGGGCAGUGGAGGAGCGUGCGCUCCCUCGAGCAGUUCUGGGAGAUGAUGUCCUUCCGACAGGAGUGUUCGGCGGGUCGCUUGGUCGGGUUCCUCUGGUUGGUGAUCAAUCCGCCGGGACUGGUGAACUCGGUGCAAAUGACCAGCUCGAGAUUGGUGCAUCGGCCGACGGAGAAGGAGGUCUCGUCAGAUGCGGUUCCCACUGCUUCAUCCCCGUCCGACAAACCCACCGCGACCACCGAUCAGCCCCCCCAAUCCACCACAACCACACCAUCCUCCGACCUUCCUUCCACGCCACCGAAACCUCUCACGCAGCCCACCGACGCCGACGCAUUCUACUGGCCCGAGUCCGGCCGCGGCCACGCCGUGCUGAGCGAAGAAGACUACAAAACGGCCAUCAACCACCUCCUCGACCAGGACUUCUACAACGAGGAGGUCUCUAUUACCAGCACCAGGGCCUGGAGCGAGAAGGUCGCCUCCGUUGCGGACCAGCUCUGGGUGGGCCGCGAGGUUGUCGGCCGGAAUUCCAAUGGCAAUGCGCCGCUGGCGCCCGUCGUGACGACCACACUCAUGGACAGCGGGCUGGUUCGGAAGCGGAAGAAGCCUGAUCCUGGCAAUACGGAGCCGCUGUCUGGGGAUUCAGCUGCGGAGUCUGGGGCUGCUGAGAGUCCUGCUACAACUGCAAGUGCCGUUGGUACCCCUACCUCGAACCCGUCUCCGGCAGAGGAGCCAGGACAGCAAUCAUCCGGGGUGAAUGUGCUUCAGGCAAAUCUGAUUCGGAAGAAGAAGAAGGCUUAA